AUGGAACUUGAAGAUCUCUUUUACUACGAUCCUUCUUGGCGUAUCAUUGUUUGCAAACAGUGUGGCGUUGUACCGCAAACCAAUAUCGCCCGGCAUAUCCGACGGCACCACAACGCGACGCGUGCCUUUAAGGUUGCUUCCAUCAAGCUAUUUGAGCGAAGUUUGGACCAUCUACCUCUCAUACGAGACGCCGAUGAGAUAUAUAUAAGAAGACAGAUCUGGAACGAGGCCUAUGACAAAGUCAAGGACGACGAACCUGACACUGUCGACGCGUACGAGAAGAUUCUUUCCGCCCAGCUUGCUGCGGGAGACGCAGAUCCUUCGGCCGAUAGGAACCCCAUAAAUAUCAUCGCAGAGAAUGCAGAAGCCAGACAAGCUCAAAUGAAGACGCUGGUCGGACAAGGGCUAGACAAAACCGAGAAAGAGGCAAGGAUGAAGGAGAAAUUCAACGAAGGGCUUCAACCAGUCAACAAUGUCAAAGACUUUGUAUCAAUAGCUAUGAAGAGCGAGCCAACCGCUGCUAUCGCCUGGCUAGGUAUCACGACAUUGAUAGAUCUCGUUGCAAACCCACUCACUGAACCAGGCAUCAACCGCGACGGAGUCAGAUACGUCCUCGAACGAGUUGAAUGGUACUGGGAGUUGGCACAACUCUUGCUCGACCCGGGCAAGGUUGAUGGUUCCAUCAUCAGGUUACAAAGUCUCCUUAGGCGCAACGUCAUCAAACUCUACAAGAAGCUGCUGCUAUAUCAAAUGCAGAGAGACGAUUGGCAGAACAAGGUCGACUCGAUUAAGAAAGCCGAGGCUUCCUUACGAGACGACGUGAAUCAGCACAACUCCGAAGAGCUCAAAUCUCGACUUCGGAGGAUCGACAACACGCUUGGCCGUUUACGCCUAGACGUUAAGGCAGUAGAAUCGGCCGUCCAAGUCCAGACCCAGGUGCUGCGCCAGAUCCAUCACGACGAGAACGACCAGAAAUGCCUCCAAGAUCUACGCAUUGUCGACCCCGAAGCCCAUAAGGAGAACAUCGAGAAGACAAAAGGCGGCCUGCUCAAGGAUGCGUACUACUGGAUUCUCGACCACGACGACUUUCGGCGAUUCCGGAAUGAUCCAGAGAGCCGAUUACUAUGGAUCAAAGGCGACCCGGGAAAGGGGAAGACGAUGCUUCUAUGCGGUAUCAUUAACCACCUCAAGCAGGAGACGUCCCAGGUGUUGUCGUUUUACUUCUGUCAAGCCACACAGAGCGAGCUCAGGAGUGCAGUAUCCGUGCUCCGUGGCCUCUUAUGGCUUCUCUGUGACAGGCAGUCGCAGCUGACUUCAUUCGUCCGAUCUAAGUACGACAACCAAGGCAGCAAGCUCUUUGAAGACGGCUAUGCAUUUGAGUCUCUAAAAAGGAUCUUUCUCGACAUGCUCAAGGACCCUUGCUUGCGAGAGGCUGUCUUCGUUGUUGAUGCUCUAGAUGAGUGCUCAGACGAUAGCAGGAAAGAUCUCAUUGAUUUCAUUCUCGAGGCGUCCCGCCACUCCUCCUCCAAAUGGGUCGUGUCUAGUCGCAACUUGCCGUCAAUUGAGGUGCAGUUUCAAGACUCCGAGAACAUUAGGGUACCGCUUGAGCUGAACAAGGACUCUAUAUCUCAAGCGGUGAUGAUGUUUAUCGAAUACAAGGUUGAACAGCUGGCACGAAAAAAGAUAUACCACCCAAAAACAAAGGACGAUGUGCGCAACAAGCUGCUACUCAAGGCCAACGACACCUUUCUCUGGGUAGCCCUGGUGUGCAAAGAGUUGGCACGUCCCGAGGUCAAAGCCCGGAAUACCAUUGACAAGCUGGAUUCUAUACCCGGAGGACUUAGCGAACUCUACCAGCGCAUGCUGGAACAAGCUUUCAUGUCGGAAGAUGGAGAUAUAUGCCGGAAAAUCCUUGCUACGGAAUGUAUCACUUAUCGCCCCAUUUCAUUGGACGAACUGCGAACUCUUGUGGCAGACACCAAGGACUUCAGUGACAAGGAGUUGAAAGAGGUUAUUGGAGAGUGUGGCUCAUUUCUGACUCUUCAAGAGGACAUUGUCUAUUUCGUGCAUCAAUCGGCCCAGGAUUUCCUUACCGACAGUGCCAAGAGCGAUAUCUUCCCUUCCGGUAUCCAAGAUCAACACUACCUCAUAUUCCGGCGAUCGUUGGACGCUUUGAUGACACUCACUCGCAAUAUUUACAAUCUGGAAUUCUCAGGAGACCUUUGCACCGAGAUUUCGUGCCCGAAGCCUGACCCGUUAUCUCAUCUUCGCUAUUCCUGCCUGCACUGGGUGGACCACCUUGAAGUAAUCAAAGGAAAUAGGAAUCAAUCAGACGAUGAGGCCAUUUCCAGGUUCAUAGGCAAGAGGUUCCUGUAUUGGCUGGAGGCUCUCAGCCUACAAGGCCAAAUGCCGCAAGGAGUAAAAGCAGUACAGACGCUGAAGGGGAUCAUAACCAAUACAGCAGUUCCAGGCCUAGACAGUCUGGUGGAAGAUGCGCGACGAUAUGUGCUUUCUCAUGGAGGCGUGAUUGCGAUUGCUCCGUUACAAGCUUACGCAUCAGCACUCGUUUUCAGCCCUGAGUACAGCCGAAUUAGAGAACUGUUCAAGAAGGAAGUGCCGGAUUGGAUCAUAUCGAAGCCGAAAAUGGAAGCGAACUGGGACGCUUGCCUACAGACAUUAGAGGGCCACGAUGGCUCGGUCAGGUCGGUUGUCUUCUCAGUAGAUGGCCAGCGACUUGCAUCAAGCUCGAACGAUAAGACCGUCAAGAUCUGGGAUAGUCAUUCUGGCGAAUGCCUAAAGACACUCGAAGGCCACGAUGGCUGGGUCAGGUCGGUUGUCUUCUCAGCAGAUGGCCAGCGACUUGCAUCAAGCUCGUACGAUAACACCGUUAAGGUCUGGGAUGUCCAUUCUGGCGAAUGCCUAAAGACACUCGAAGGCCACGAUGACUGGGUCCUGUCGGUUGUCUUCUCAGCAGAUGGCCAGCGACUUGCAUCAAGCUCGGGCGAUAAGACCGUCAAGAUCUGGGAUAGUCAUUCUGGCGAAUGCCUAAAGACACUCGAAGGCCACGAUGGCUGGGUCAGGUCGGUUGUCUUCUCAGCAGAUGGCCAGCGACUUGCAUCAAGCUCGGGCGAUAACACCGUUAAGGUCUGGGAUGUCCAUUCUGGCGAAUGCCUAAAGACGCUCAAGGUUAACCGGGUGCUUACUGUCGAUUCAACGAAUAACCACUGCCUCUAUACCGAAAUGGGGCCCCUGAAACUGAAUCUGCCGCCCCUACCGCUUGCCACCGAUGGCCAGACAAUGCCUGUUUCACGAGGUACUAGCCACUCUGGUUAUGGCAUAAGCACCGAUAAUAUAUGGAUUCUGAAGGAUAGAAAGAGGGUGCUUUGGCUACCUCCGGAAUAUCGAUCGUCAGUAUCGGCUGUAGAAAAAUCAACGGUCGCCAUCGGCUGUCGCUCUGGUCGUGUACUGGUGAUGAAGUUCUCUUAG